UUUCUGUUACUUGAUGAGCUACCACAAUGCAAUCAUCAGCUGCCAUCAGAUGGUAAAACAGUUGUGAACAUGCAAGAUUUCACUGCUUUUUGGGAUAAGGAAUUAAGAACCCCAACCCUACAAGGCCUUUCCUUUACUGUCAGACCUGGUGAACUGUUAGCUGUGGUUGGACCUGUGGGUGCAGGAAAGUCGUCACUGUUAAGCGCUGUGCUGGGGGAGCUGCCCCCGAGCCAGGGACAGGUCAGCGUGCAUGGGAGGAUCGCGUAUGUGUCUCAGCAGCCCUGGGUGUUCUCAGGAACUGUGAGGAGUAACAUUUUAUUUGGGAAGAAAUAUGAAAAGGAACGAUAUGAAAAAGUAAUAAAGGUUUGUGCUUUGGAAGAGGAUUUACAGUUUCUGGAGAAUGGAGAUCUAACUGUUGUAGGAGACCGAGGAAUCACACUGAGUGAAGGGCAGAAAGUCCGGGUCAGCCUUGCAAGAGCCGUCUAUCAGGAUGCAGACAUCUACCUCCUGGACGAUCCGCUCAGCACAGUGGAUGCAGGAGUCAGCAGGCACUUGUUCAAACAGUGUAUUUGCCAAGUCUUGCAUGAGAAGAUCACAAUCUUAGUGACUCAUCAAUGGCAGUAUCUAAAAGAUGCAAGUCAGAUUCUGCUAUUGGAAAAGGGUGAAAUGGUGCACAAAGGGACUUAUGCUGAGUUACUGAAAUCCGGGGUAGAUUUUGCUUCCCUUUUAAAGAAGGAGAAUGAGGAGACUGAACCAUCUCCAGUUCCUGAAUCUCCCACUAUGAGAACUCAGACCUCCUCCAAGUCUUCAGUUCAGUCUGAACAGUCUUCCACAGCUUUGUUGAAAGAUGCAGCUGCAGAAGACCAAGAUACUGAGAAUAUACAGGAUACACUAUCUGAGGAGAGACGUUUAGAAGGAAAAGUUGGUUUUAAGACCUACAAGAAUUACUUCAGAGCUGGUGCUCACUGGUCUGUCAUCAUUUUCCUUAUUCUAGUAAGCAUAGCAGCUCAGGUCGCCUAUAUCCUGCAGGAUUGGUGGAUUUUAAACUGGGCAAAUGAACAGGAUACUCUGAAUAUCAUGGCACUUGGAAAAGGAAAUAAAACGGAGAAGCUUGAUCUGAACUGGUACUUAGGAAUUUUUUCAGGUUUAACUGUAACUAGUCUCCUUUUGGGUGUCACAAGAUCUCUGUUGGCAUUGUACAUCCUUGUUAAUUCUUCACAAAAUUUGCACAACAAAAUGUUGAAGUCCAUUUUGAGAGCUCCGGUAUUGUUCUUUGAUAGAAAUCCAGCGGGAAGAAUUUUAAAUCGUUUCUCCAAAGACAUUGGGCAAAUGGAUGACUCACUGCCUUCAUCAUUUCAAAAGUUCAUCCAGACAUUUCUACAAGUGAUUGAGACAUCACGAGAUGUGAAACGCCUGGAAUCUUCAACACAGAGCCCAGUGUUUUCCCACUUAGUAUCUUCUCUCCAAGGACUCUGGACCAUCCGGGCGUACAAAGCUGAGCAGAGGUUUCAGGAACUGUUCGACUCACACCAAGACUUGCACUCAGAGGCCUGGUUCUUGCUUUUGAGUAUAACCCGAUGGUUCACUUUGCGUCUGGAUAUCAUCUAUUUCAUCUUCGUCUCUCUUGUUGACUUUGGGUCUCUGCUUCUUGCACAAACUUUGAAUGUCGGGCAGGUUGGCCUGAUACUGUCCUAUGCUCUCAACAUCUUGGUGUUCCCAUGGUGCAUCAGGCUAAGUGUUGAAGUUGAGAAUAUGAUGAUUUCAGUAGAAAGGGUGAUAGAAUAUACAGAGCUUGAGCAAGAAGCACCCUGGGAACUCAAGUUUCGUCCACCACCAGACUGGCCCAACAAUGGAAUGAUUGCCUUGAGCAAUGUGAACUUCAAGUACAGCUCAGAUGGGCCUCUGGUAUUGAAGGACCUGACAACAGACAUUAAACCAGGAGAAAAGGUUGGCAUCGUGGGAAGAACAGGAGCUGGAAAAAGUUCUUUCAUUGCUGCGCUCUUUAGAUUGUCAGAGCCUGAAGGUAGAGUUUGGAUUGAUAAGAUCUUGACAACCGAAAUUGGACUUCAUGAUUUAAGGAAGAAAAUGUCAAUCAUACCUCAAGACCCUAUUGUAUUCACUGGAACAAUGAGGAUAAAUCUGGAUCCCUUUAAAAAGCAUACAGAUGAGGAACUGUGGAAUGUCUUAGAAGAGGUACAACUUAAAGAAAUCAUCGAAGAGCUUCCUGAUAAAAUGGAUACUGAAUUAGUAGAAUCUGGAUCAAACUUAAGUGUUGGGCAGAAACAACUGGUGUGCCUUGCCAGGGCUAUUCUCAGGAAAAAUCAGAUAUUGAUUAUUGAUGAAGCCACAGCACAUGUGGAUCCAAGCACUGAUGAGUUAAUACAAAGAAAGAUCCGUGAGAAAUUUGCACAGUGUACUGUGCUAACCAUCGCACACAGGUUGAGCACCAUUAUUGACAGUGACAGGAUAAUGGUUUUGGAUUCAGGAAGACUGGAAGAAUAUGAUGAGCCAUAUGUUUUGCUGCAAAAUAGAGACAGCCUGUUUUACAAGAUGGUGCAACAACUGGGCAAGGCUAAGGCUGCUACCCUCACUGAAACAGCAAAACAG